AUGUUGGUGCUUCUUGCUUUCACCGUCGCCUUCCACAUCACCUCUGCGGCCUUGCUGUUCAUCGCCACCAUCGACAAUGCCUGGUGGGUAGGAGAUGAGUUUUUUGCAGAUGUCUGGAGAAUAUGUACCACAAACACGAAUUGUACAGUAAUCAAUGACAGCUUUAAAGAAUACUCCAUGGGCCGGGUGAUCCAGGCCACCAUGGUCCUCUCCACCAUUCUCUGCUGCAUCGCCUUCUUCAUCUUCCACCUAAAGCAGGGAGAGAGGUUUGUCCUAACCUUCAUCAUCCAGCUAAUGUCAUAUCUGUGCCUCAUGAUUGCAGCCUCCGUUUAUACAGACAGGCGCGAUAAAACCACGGAUUUCUAUUACCUGACCAAAGAAGGCAGCUAUGGCUACUCCUACAUCCUGGCGUGGGUGGCCUUCGCCUUCACCUUCAUCAGCGGCAUGAUGUACCUGAUAACUGAGGAAGCGGAACAGAGUUCCAGAGCUGGGUUGCUUUUGCUGCACCCGGUCUUAUUGAAACCUUGA